AUGUAUUUGGAGAGUUAUAGGCCUAAAGCAUACCCACCACCACCAGCCAUCCAACAGCCCAUUCCACCGCAAUCAGCACAACCACUAGGCAAACCUUCGCAAUCUGUGCAAUCAAUGGGAUUGCAAAUCGUGCAACCAAUAGGACCGCAGGUCAUCCAACCAAUGCGACCACAAGUCGUGCAAUCAGAAUAUGAACAAUCGCAAGUUAUUAAAAAAAAAUGUGGCAGCUGCAUAAUAAAGAUAAAUUGCGCUGGGAAAGAUGAAGAUUGCAUAGCUACGACAGAGCCACAGAUACAGGCGGUAUCAGCAAAUUGGGCUCCAACAUUGCAGACGCCAAUUUGGACUUUACCAACAACAACAACAACAACAACAACAAUAACAACAACAACGCAACCUCCGCAAGUAACAGCGGGGGGUUGUCGCAUGUGUUCAUGUUAUGUACCACAGCAAUGUGAAGUAUGUCAAACAUGCCAAUGA